UGACGUCAUUGUUCUGCGACCCUUGUUCCUCGCCGCUGGGGAAGCCAGGCUGUCUUAGGAAGCUGAGUGGGAGUGGCACGUAGCUGCUGGAGGUCCUCAGAACCUGAGUUUCGGCCAGCAGCCAGGUCUGGAAACUAAUAUUUAAAAAAAUGACCACACCAAACAAGACCCCUCCUGGUGCUGACCCUAAGCAGUUGGAAAGGACUGGAACAGUACGGGAAAUUGGGUCACAAGCUGUUUGGUCACUCUCAUCUUGCAAACCAGGAUUUGGAGUGGAUCAGUUACGAGAUGACAAUCUAGAAACCUAUUGGCAAUCAGAUGGUUCCCAGCCUCAUUUAGUGAACAUUCAAUUCAGAAGAAAAACAACAGUGAAGACAUUAUGUAUUUAUGCAGACUACAAAUCUGACGAAAGCUAUACUCCAAGCAAGAUCUCAGUCAGAGUAGGAAAUAAUUUUCACAACCUUCAAGAAAUUCGGAUAAAAGAAAGAAAAGAAGAAAGAAAGAAUGAAAGAGAGAAAGAAAGAGGAAGAGAAAGAGGGAGAGAGAACGGGAAUCUUGCUCAAUUGCCCAGGCUAGAAUGCAGUCUAAAAAUAGGUAUUAAAAACCUCUUUUAUGCCAAUAAUUGUGCUUAACAAUGGAGACAGGAAGGAAUAAGGGAGGAAAAUAACAAACAACCAGCCAACCAGUAUUUCAUUUAAACCUGUGAAAUGCUAUGCAAUUGCUGAGGAGUGAUUUACUUCCCAUUAUGUGGUCACUUUUAGAAUAGGCGUGAUGUGAUACUGAGAAGAAUGUAUGUCUUGUGGAUUUGGGGUGGAGAGUUCUGUAAAUGUUUAUUGAGUUUACUUGUUCCAGGUCUCAGUUCAAGUCCUGGAUAUCCUUGUUAAUUUUCUAUCUUGUUUAUCUGUCUAAUAUUGACAGUGUGGUGUUAAAGUCUCCCACUAAUACUGUGUGGGAGUCUAAGUCUCUUUGUAAGUCAUUAAGAACUUGUCUUUUUAAAAUUUUUUUCUGGAAGAAUUUGUGUGAGAUUAGAACAAUUUUUUGGGAGAAUUUGUGUGAGAUUACAACAAUUUCUUAAAUUAUUUGUAAAAUUCAUUGAUGAAGACAUAAUUAUAGAUUGAACUUAUAAAUAUAGAAAACUAUUUAGAUUUUUGCACAUCUUGUGUAACUUUUAGAAUUUAUAUUUUUCUGGGAGUUUUUUCAUUUCCUAUACAUUUUCAAAUUUAUUGGCAUAAAGUAAUCUAUAUUAUCAUUUUAUAAUCUUUAUAAUGUCUGUAAGAUAUGUAGUGUUAGAGUCAUCAUUCCUGAUACUGGUUAUUUGUGACUUCUCUUUUUCCUCUUUAUCAAUCUCAUCAAAAACUUAUACAUUCUUUUGGUCUUUUCUAAAAAGAAGCUUUUGGAUUUAUUUAUCCCUUCUGUUUCAUAUAUUUAUUUUAUGUUAUAUAUCUGCUUGUUAUUAUUAUUAGAUUCAGUUACACAGGCAUAUUGCAUGAUGCUGAGAUUGGGUAUCCUAGUGAUCCCGUCACCCAGGACAUGAACAUAAUACUCAAUAGGUGGGUUCUUCAACCCUUGUGUUUCUCUCUCCUUCCCUGCUUUUGGAAUUCACAGUGUUUAUUGUUCCUAUCUUCAUGUUCAUGUGAAUCCAAUAUUUAGCUGCCUCUUUUAAGUAAGAACAUGCAGUAUUUGGUUUUCUAUCUCUUCCUUAAUUUGCUUAGGAUAAUGGCCUCCAGGUGUAUCCAUGUUGCUGCAAAAAACAUUAUUUGGUGAUUUAUUAUGGCUGCAUGCUCUUCAUUAUUUGGGCUUAACUUGCCUUAUUUUUCUGACAUUUUGAAAUGGAUACUUAGAUUAAUGAUUUUAAGCAUUCUUCUUUUCUUAAUGACUGUAACUUUUCCUCCAAGUGCAGCUCUAUUUGAUCUUAUAUGUUUUGAUAAUUAUUCAUGAUUAUUCAGUUAUAUUUUCUAAUUUUUUAAAGUGUGUAUUUUAUUGCACUUUAGGUUCUGGGGUACAUGUGCAGAACAUGUAGGAUUGUUGCAGAGGUACAUGGCAAUGUGGUUUGCUGCCUCCAUCCCUCCUUCACCUAUAUCUGUCAUUUCUCCCCAUGUUAUCCCUCCACAACCUCCCUACCCCCUGCUCUCCCUCUCCUAUUAUCCCCCAACAGACCCCAGUGUGUGAUGCCCCCCUCCCUGUGUCCAUGUGUUGUCAUUGUUCAACACCCACCUAUGAGUGACAACAUGCAGUGUUUGUUUUUUUGUUCUUGUGUCAGUUUGCUGAGAAAGGUGGUUUCCAGAUUCAUCCAUGUCCCUACAAAGGACACAAACUCAUCAUUUUUUAUGCAUAGUAUUCCAUGGUGUAUAUGUGCCACAUUUUCCUUGUCCGGUCUAUCACUGAUGGGCAUUUAGGUUGGUUCCAGGUCUUUGCUAUUGUAAACAGUGCCACAAUGAACAUACAUGUGCAUAUGUCUUAUAAUAGAAUGAUUUAUAGUCCUUUGGAUAUAUACCCAGUAAUGGGAUUGCUGGGUCAAAUGGUAUUUCUAUUUCUAGAUCCUUGAGGAAUGGCCACACUGUCUUCCACAAUGGUUGAACUAAUUUACACUCCUACAAAUAGUGUAAAAGUAUUCCUUUUCUCCACAUCCUCUCCAGCAUCUGUUGUCUCCAGAUUUUUAAAUGAGCGCCAUUCUAACUGGUGUGAGAUGGUAUCUCAAUGUGGUUUUGAUUUGCAUUUCUCUAAUUACAAGUGAUGAGCAUUUUUUAUAUGUUUGUUGGCCUCAUAAAUGUCUUCUUUUGAAAAAUAACUUCAUAUCUCUCACCCUCUUUUGAAUGUGUUUGUUUGUUUUUUUCUCGUUUAUCUGUUUUAGUUAUUUGUAGAUUCUGGAUAUUAGCCCUUUGUCAGAUGGGUAGAUUGCAAAAUUUUUUGCCAUUCUGUUGGUUUCUGGUUCACUCUAAUGAUUGUUUCUUUUGCUGUACAGAAGCUCUGGAGUUUAGUUAGAUCCCAUUUGUCUGUUUUGGCUUUUGUUGCCAAUGCUUUUUGGUGUUUUAGUCAUGAAGUCCUUGCAUAUGCCUAUGUCCUGAAUGGUUUUGCCUAGGUUUUCUUCUAGAGUUUUCAAGGUGUUAGGGCUUACGUUUAAGUCUUUAAUCCAUCUGAAGUUAAUUUUAGUGUAAGGUGUCAGGAAGGGGUCCAGUUUCUGCUUUCGGCAAAUGGCUAGCCAGUUUUCCUAUCACCAUUUAUUAAACAUGGAAUCCUUUCCCCAUUGCUUGUUUUUAUCAGGUUUGUCAAAGAUCAGAUGGUUGUAGAUGUGUGGCAUUCCCUCUGAUGCCUCUGUUCUGUUCCAUUGAUCUAUUUCUCUGUUUUGUUAAGAGUACCAUGUGGUUUUGAUUACUGUAGCCUUGUAGUAUAGUUUGAAGUCAGGUAGGGUGAUACCUCUGGCUUUGUUCUUUUUGCUUAGAAUUGACUUGGCUAUGUGGGCAUUCUUUUGGUUCCAUAUGAUAUUUAAGGUGUUUUUUUCCAGUUCUGUGAAGAAGGUCAUAGGUAGCUUGAUGGGGAUAGCUUUGAAUUUGUAAAUUACUUUUGGCAGUAUGGCCAUUUUCACAAUAUUGCUUCUUCCUAACCUUCAGCAUGGAAUGUUUUUCCAUCCGUUUGUCUCCUCUCUGAUUUCCUUGAGCAGUGGUUUGUAGUUCUCCCUGAAGAAGUCCUUUACAUCCUUUGUUAGUUUUAUUCCUAGGUUUUUUAUUCUCUUUGUAGCAAUUGUGAAUGGCAGUUCAUUCUUGAUUUGGCUCUCUUUAAGUCUGUUAUUGGUUAUAGGAAUGCUUGUGAUUUCUGCACAUUGAUUUUGUAUCCUGAGACUUUGCUGAAGUUACUUAUCAGUUUCAGGAGAUUUGGGGCUGAGAGGAUGGGGUCUUCUAAAUUUAUAAGCAUGUCAUCUGCAAAUAGAAACAAUUUGACUUCCUCCUUUCCUAAUUGAAUACCCUUAAUUUCUUUUUCUUGCCUGAUUGUUCUGGCUAGAAGUUCCAAUACUCUAUUCAAUAGGAAUGGUGAGAGAGGGCAUCCUUGUCUAGUGCCAGAUAUCAAAGGGAAUGCUUCCAGUUUUUGCCCAUUUAGUAUGUUGACUGUGGGUUUGUUAUAAAUAGCUUAUAUUAUUUUGAGAUACGUUCUGUCAAUACUUAGUUUAUUGAGGGUUUUUAGCAUAAAGGGCUGUUGAAGUUUGUUGAAGGCCUUCUCUGCAUCUAUUGAGAUGAUAAUGUGGUCUUUGUCUUUUCAAUAAUCUAUUGAAGGUCUUCUCUGCAUCUGCUGAGAUAAUCAUUGUGGUUCUGAUUAUGUGGUGGAUGACAUUUAUAUCCUUGUAUAUGUUGAACCAGCCUUGCAUCCCCGGGAUGAAGCCUACUUGAUCAUGAUGGAUAAGCUAUUUGAUGUGCUGUUGUAAUCAGUUUGCCAGUAUUUUAUUGAAGAUUUUUGCAUCUAUGUUCAUCAUGGAUAUUGGCCUGAAGUUUUCUUUUCUUGUUGAGUCUCUGCCAGGUUUUGAUAUCAGGAUGAUGUUGGUCUCAUAAAAUGAUUUGGGAAGGAUUUCUUCUUUUUGUAUUGUUUGGAAUAGUUCAGAAGGAGUAGUACCAGCUCCUCUUUGUAUGUCUGGUAGAAUUCGGCUGUGAACACAUCUGGGCCUGGGCUUCUUUUGGUUGGUAGGCUAUUAAUUGCUGCCUCAACUUCAGCUCUUGUUAUUGGUCUAUUCAGGGUUUUGAAUUCUUCCUGGUUUAGGCUUGGGAGCAUGCAAGUGUCCAGGAAUUUAUCCAUUUCUUCCAGGUUUACUGGUUUAUGUGCAUAUAGUUGUUUGUAGUAAUCUCUGAUGGUAGUUUGUAUUUUUGUGGAAUCAUUGGUGAUAUUCCCUUAAUCAUUUUUUAUUGCAUCUAUUUGAUUAUCCUCUCUUUACUUUUUUAUUAAUCUGGCUAGUAGUCUGUCUAUUUUGUUGUUGUUGUUGUUUUUUAAAACAGCUCCUGGAUAUAUUAAUUUUUUGAAGAGUUUUUUGCGUCUCUGUCUCCUUCAGUUCUGCUCUGAUCUUAGUUAUUUCUUGUCUUUGGCUAGCUUUUGAGUUUUUUUGAUCUUGCUCCUCUAGCUCUUUCAAUUUUGAUGGUAGGUUGUCGAUUUUAGAUCUUUCCUUGCUUCUCAUGUGGGCAUUUAUUGCUAUAAAUUUUCCUCUAGAUACUGUUUUAAAUGUGUCCCAGAGAUUCCGGUAUGUUGUGUCUUCAUUCUCAUUGGUUUCAAGGAACAUCUUUAUUUCUUUCUUCAUUUCAUUUUUUAUCCAGUCAACAUUCCAGAGCCACUAGUUCAGGUUCCAUGAAGUUGUGUGGUUCUGAGUUAGUUUCUUAAUCCAGAGUUCUAAUUUGAUUGCACUGUGGUCUGGGAGACUGUUUUUUAAGAUUUCCUUUCUUUUGCAUUUGCUGAGGAGUGAUUUACUUCCAAGUAUGUGGUCAAUUUUAGAGUAGGUGUGUUGUGGUGCUGAGAAGAAUGUAUAUUCUGUGGAUUUGGGGUGGAGAUUUCUGUAUAUGUCUAUUAGGUUUGCUUGGUUUAGAUCUAUGUUCAAGUCCUGAAUAUCCUUAUUAAUUUUCUGUCUCAUUGAUCUGUCCAAUAUUGACAGUGGAGUGUUAAAGUCUCCCACUAUUACUGUGUGGGAGUCUAAGUCUCUUUGUAGGUCAUUAAGAACUUGCAUAUGUAUCUGGGAGCUCCUGUAUUAGGUGCGUAUAUAUUUAGGGUCAUUCGCUCUUCUUAUUGCAUUGAUCCUUUUACCAUUAUGUAAUGCCCUUCUUUGUCUCUUUUGAUCUUUGUUGUUUUAAAGUCUAUUUUAUCAGAAAGUAGGAUUGCAACUCCUGCUGUGUUUUGCUCUCCAUUUGCUUGAUAAAUCUUCCUCUAUCCCUUUAUUUUGAGCUUAUAUGUAUCCUUGCAUGUGAGAUGGGUUUCCUGGAUGUAGCACACUGAUGGGUUUUGACUUUUUAUCCAAUUUUCUUGUGUCUUUUGAUUAGAGAAGUUAGCCCAUUUACAUUUAAGGUUAAUAUUGUUAUGUGUGAAUUUGAUCCUGCCGUUUUGAUGCUAGCUGGUUGUUUUGCCCAUUCGUUGAUGCAGUUUCUUCAUUAUUUUGAUGCUUUUUAGCAUUUGUAUGUUUUUGGAGUGGCUGGUACUAGUUGUUCCUUUCUAUGUUUAGUGCUUCUUUCAGGAGCUCUUGUAAGGCAGGCCUGGUGGUAAUGAAAUCUCUCAGCAAUUGCUUGUUCAUAAAGGAUUUUGUUUCUCCUUUGCCUAUGAAGCUUAGUUUGGCUGGAUAUGAAAGUUUAAGUUGAAAUUUCUUUUCUUUAAGGAUGUUGAAUAUUGGCCCCCACUCUCUUCUGGCUUGUAGGGUUUCUACUGAGAGAUCCACCCUGAGUCUGAUGGGCUUUCCUUUGUGGGUAACCCAACCAUUCUCUCUGGCUGCCCUUAGCAUGUUUUCCUUCAUUUCAACCUUGGUGAAUCUGAGGAUCAUAUGCCUUGGGGUUGCCCUUCUUGUGGAAUAUCAUUGUGGUGUUCUCUGUAUUUCCUGAACUUGAAUAUUGGCCUGCCUUGCUAGAUUGGGGAAGUUCUCCUGGAUUAUAUCCCGAAGCAUAUUUUCCAGCCUGGAUUCAUUCUCUCUGUGACAUUCAGGUACACCUAUCAAAUGUAGAUUAUGUUUUUUCACAUAAUCCCAUAUUUCUUGGAGGGAUUUCAUUUCUUUUUACUUUUUUCUUAAUCUUGCCUUCUCAUUUUAUUUCAUUGAGCUGAUCUUCAAUCUCUGAUAUCCUAUCUUCUGCUUGGUUGAUUCCACUAUUGAAACUUGUAUAUGUUGUGCAAAGCUCUCGUGUUGUGUUUUUCAGCUCCAUCAAUUUAUUUAUAUUCUUCUCUAAGAUGUUUACUCUCAAAUACAUUUCAUCAAACCUUUUUUAAAAUUCUUAGUUUCUUUACCCUGGGUUAGAACAUGUACUUUUGGCUCAGAGAAGUUUGUUAUUACCCACUUUCUGAAGCCUGUUUCCAUCAAUUCAUCAGACUCAUUCUCCAUCCAGCUUUGUUCCCUUGCUGGUGAGGAGUUGUGAUCCCUUGGAGGAGGAGAGGCAUUCUAGUUUUGGGUGUUUUCAUCCUUUUUGCACUGGUUUCUUCCCAUCUUUGUGGAUUUAUCUACCUGUGGUUUUUGUAAUUGAUGACUUUCAGAUGGGGUCUCUAAGUGGAUGGCCUUUUUGUUGAUGAUAAAGUUCUAUCUUUCUGUUUUUUAGUUUUCCUUCUAACAGUCAGGCCCCUCUGCUGUAGGACUGCUGGAGGUCCACUCUAGGCCCUGCUUGCCUGGGGAUCACCUGCAGUGGCUGCAGAAGAGUAAGGGUUGCUGCCAAUUUCUUCUUCUGUUAUCUUCAUCCCAGAAGGAUACCCACCAGAUGUCAGCCUGAUCUCUCCUUUAUGAAGUGACUUUUUGGAUAUACAGGGGUCAGGGAGCUACUUGAGGAGGCACUCUGGCCCUUUUAGGAGCUCAAGUGCUGAGCUGUGAGGUCCAUUAUUCCAUUCAGAACUGUUGGGCAGAUAUGUUUAAAUUUACUGCAGCAGAACUCAUAACCACCUUUUUUCCCAGGUGCUCUGUCCUGGGAAGGUGGGGCUUUGUUUAUAAGUUCCUGAUGUGCUGCUGCCUUUUUUCAGAGAUUCCCUGCUGAGCUAGGAGAUAGCCUAGUCUAGUUAUAGUCUGCCAGAAGAGGCAUUGCUGAGCUGCCAUUGGCUCUGCCCAGCUGCCAUGUGAACUUCCUUGUGGUUUUGUUUACAGAUGUAUAGUUAGAACUGCUUCAUUAAUGGCAGUCUGCCUUAGUAAUGACAGACUGCCUCUUUAAUGGCAGACUGCUUAGGUAAUGGUGGACUGCCUCGGUAAUGGUGGACUGCCUCGGUAAUGGUGGACUGCCUCAGUAAUGGUGGUCUGUCUCGUUAGUGGUGGACUGCCUCAGUAAUGGCAGAUGCCCUUCCCCCCACAGAGCUGGACCAUCCUGGGUCCAGCUGUGCUUUCUGUGAAACUCUCAAUCCAGAGCAUUUCGGAUUAUUGGUCUUUGUGGGGGUGGAACCUGCUGAGCCUGGUCACCUGGCUCUCUGUUUCAGCCCCCUUUUUUUCAAUUGAAUGGGUGGCUCUGUCUCCCAGGUGUUCCAAGUGCCAGUUGAAAUGGCUGCCCAGAUUUGUGUGAGUUUUUGUGUGGAGACCCACUACACCAGCUGAAAAAGCCAUGCUGGAACCUCAUGGCACUUUUCAGUCCAUGUAUCUCCUGUUUUGUGAACAGUAAUAAUUCAUUUGGUAAUGCAGUGGUCACUUACCCUCUGCAUUGUUCUCACUGGGAAUUGCACUCCGGAGCUGUUCCUAUUCAGCCAUUUUGGAUCCACCCCCCUUUUCUAAUUUUUAUUAGAAUGGCUUUUUUUUGGCCCACGGAUUAUUUAGAAGCAUAUAUCUUAAUUUUGUUCUUUGAAAUAUAUAGGGUUUUUCAAAGUAUUCUUUUAUCAUUGAUUUACAGAAUAAUUGCUCUGUGGUUAGGGAACAUUUUUUGAAAUUUGUUGAAACCUGCUUUAGUAUCCAAGCAUAUGCUCAAUUUUUAUUGAUGUUUCAAAAAAACAGUAUUUACCCUUGAGUUUUGGGGUGUAGUGUUCUUUGUAUGUCAACUAAUUCAGUUUUUUUAGUGUAUCAUCCAAUAAUGUGUGAACUACUGGUUUUGGUGUCUACUUGGUCUAUCAGUUAAUAAAGAAAGUUAUAUGAAAAUCUUCCAAAUGAUUGUGGAUUUUUUGCUUUUCCUUAUAAUCUUGCCAAUUGUCUCUUUAUAUGUUUUGAGGCCAUAUUUGUAAGUACAUACAUAUUUAGAAUUAUUGUAGCUUCUGGCAUAUCAAAGCAGAAGUUAUGAAGUAUUUAUUUAUUAAUUAUACUUAUGAAGUGUACUUAUUUUGAAGUGUACUUUUUAUCUCUAGAAAUGUUUUCUGUCAUAAAAUCUACUUUAUCUGAUUUAAUAAAGCGAUACUCAUUUUCUUUUGAUUAAUGUUUGAAUGCGA